AACACAUAUAUUUCCAAAGAUCAUUUUAAACUGAAGACAAGAUGCGGAGGAGGAACAACAAUGUCCCAGCAGACCUCAGGAUUGUUCUUCUGGGUAAAACCGGAUCAGGAAAAAGUUCAGCCGGAAACACCAUCCUGGGACAAAAUAAGUUUGUGAGUAAGGCUUCACUGGUAUCAGUCACUGAAACCUGUGAGAGAGGAGACGCAGAGAUUAAUGGAAAGAAGAUCUCCGUCAUCGACACGCCAGGACUGUUUGAUACAAGACUGACAGAAGAUCAAAUAAAGAAGGAAAUUAUAAAGUGUGUAGAGCUGUCUGUUCCUGGUCCUCAUGUGUUUCUGCUGGUCAUCAGACUGGAUGGGAGAUUCACAGCUGAAGAGGAUAAUGCUGUGAAAUGGAUUCAGAAGAACUUCGGAGAAGAAGCUGCUCGCUACACCAUCAUUCUGUUCACUCAUGAUGAUCAUCUGGGGGAUUUAUCACUGUAUGGGUAUAUUAGUGAAAGUGCGGAUCUCUGCGCUCUUUUAACUGCAUGUAAUCGGAGAUAUCACUCGUUCAACAAUGAAGAGAUGGGAAACCGCUCACAGGUCGCUGAACUGAUGGAGAUGAUUGAGAAGAUGGUGGAGGAGAAUGGAGGACAGCACUGCACUAAUGAGAUGUAUGAAAAAGUCCAGCGAAAGAUUGAAUGGGAGGCUUUUACGGAGAAAGCUAUAGACUAUGGGAAAACAGCAUUAACAGUAAUAGGAGCGGGAGCAGUAGUAACAGGAGGAACAGCGGGAUUAUUAGCAGUAGCAGCAGCAGCAGCAGUAGUAAAAAUGAAGAUAGGGAUAUAGGUCAAUAAUGAUACACUAUUAACAAUUCCAUGUAGAAUCUACAGCAGGGGUCA